UUCCAUCAUGCAAGUUUGACUGGUUCGCCUCAGAAUGUCGGUACAGAUGCCACUGUUUCAAUAACACUUGUAACGCCAGAGGACAAUCGGCCAACGGAGAAUGUACUGCGGCUUCCUACUGUGACAAGGGGUGGUUCGGUCCAUCUUGUCAAUACGUGGAUCUGGUGACAACAAACACAACAGAGUCUACACCAGAUUGGAUUUAUGACUUCCCAGACACUCGGUGUAAUCUAGGCCUGGAGACCGUGACGGUUUCCUUGAACGACACGUUCUAUUUUACCUGGCUUAGACUACAUAUCAAUUCCUCAGGUUUUUCUCAAGACUUCAAACUACAACUGAUGUUCGCUAACGGCAGCUCUGUAGAAUGUGGCAACAUGUACACAUCGAAAAUCAAUGAUACAAUACUGGACAUUCAUUGUCAGCCCGGUGCAUUUUUCCAGCAGAUCAACAUCACAGGAGCUGGUGUCAAGUAUUUGUGUUCAGUGUAUAUUAGUGGAGGACGUAAUGUUGCUCUGGGACAAGAGACAGCUCAAAUUUCCAAUUAUAAAAACACGGAUUCUACGUAUGCUGUUGAUGGUGAUACUAAUCCUGAUUUUGCUGGUGAAAGCUGUACUCAUACUAACGGGGAUCAAAACCCUUACUGGAAUCUGACGUUUGCAUUGGCACACCAGGUCCAGAGAUACGUCAUCUAUAACAGAAAUU